AUGAAACCCAAUCAACCUCCUUUGUAUGCGCCCCCACGCCAUUCAAGUCCCCUAAAAACUGCGUUCAGAGUGGUCGCGGGUGUUGGAAUCCUGGGACUAGUAGGCUUCCAUGGAUGGCCCUUAUUGACCAACCUCGGGUUCAACCCGAGCCAAAUCGGGCAUCCACAUUGCGGGCAUCCUCAUAAGCAAACUUCACCCUAUGGGACUUUCCCGUUGAAAGAUGACCCUUUUCAGUUCUUGCCUUGCACAAAUGCAAGUCGUUUGCCAUUGAUCGAUGACCCUACCCCGCGGCAAUCAUGGGCGUCCGUGUUCGACCCGGAUCCCAGCCAUUGGAAUUGGGGGAGCAAUGGCCAAGGCAUCUACAUGUGUGGAUACCUCGAUCUCCCACUGGACUAUCACAACCAUUCCGAUACUCGGAUUGCUCGAAUCGCAGUGACCAAGUAUCAGGUUGCAGGGCUGCCCCUGAAGAAUAGCAGCAGCAACAGCAGCGACCGUGUCGCAACUGGAGAUUCGACCGCCAGCUACAAGAGUGCACGUACGCUCAUCAUCGAGCCUGGCGGUCCGGGUGGAAGUGGAACCUUCUUCGUAUGGGAAACCGCCGAGGAAAUGACCAACCGCUUCAGUGAUGGCCAGUAUGAUGUUCUAGGCUGGGACCCUCGUGGGGUCAACUCGUCGCUCCCAGCAGCGUCAUGUUAUCCGGAAAACUUACACCGCGAUCGCUGGUCUCUUCUCACUAUGCAAUACCGGGAAGUAGCGCCCGAGGGACAAUUGGAGAUGAUGGAUGCCAUGAACAAUGCGACCUUCUUCGCCUGUCACCAGCGACUGGGAGAUCUCGGUCGCUUCGUGAGCACGGCAUUCGUGGCUCGUGAUCUGGACGAGAUUCGAAAGGCAUUGAACGAAGACGAGGUCACUGGAUACCUCGUCAGCUAUGGGACAGGUAUCGGUCAAACGUAUGUGAACAUGUUUCCAGACCGUGCAGGUCGAAUCAUUCUUGAUGGGACAGAGUAUGUCAAAGAUCACCGUCUCUUGGGUGGAUUCGGCUGGACAUCCUACGAUAAUGCGACGGAUGCCUGGCACGAUGGAUUUUUAGGUGAGUGUAUCAGCGCUGGACCGGAAGCAUGCGCACUGGCGAAACCUCCACCAGGCCAAACGGGUCCCGUCACCCUUGAACAACUGGAAAUUCGCAUGAUGCAGCUACUCGAAUCCCUCAAAUUCCGUCCUCAGUCGGCAUAUACCGAAUCGGGAGGUCCAUCUCUCAUUACGUACUCCUCUCUCAUCGAGAACCUCAUAUACCCGGCCAUGUACAGACCGGCAAAUUGGCCACAUCUCGCAGAAACACUCUACGAGCUUGCGAACGGGAACGCAACCCUGGCAGCAACAUCACUAGAAGCUGCAUGGACCGCACAAUCUCAAGCACCGCCGUCCUCCUCUCCAGCCACCUCCGAACUCGGUGACCUGGUCAUCUGUGCCGAUGCCCACGACGCCCCCAUGCCAAAGGAUGGGCUCAGAUGGUGGGACCAACUCUGGGCAAAGAUGGCCUCUGACAGUUGGAUGGCCGGAAACUCGCGCUUCUUCAGCGUGCUCCCCUGCCGACACUAUAACACAUACUGGGGCCCGCCAUCAGAGGUAUACCGCGGUGAUCUGAACAACACGCUCAAGACGCCUGUGCUUCUGAUUGCCUCGCCGUGGGAUCCAGCCACCCCGUUGAGAAAUGGAAGGAGACUCUUGAACGAGAUGGGUGAGAAUGCGCGAUUGAUCGUGCACAACGGAUAUGGACAUAGUUCUCGACGGGAUCCGUCCGAUUGUACAGAUCGGAUUGCCAAGGCAUAUAUCAUGGAGGGUGUCUUACCCGAGGAACAGGAGGUGGCCUGCUACGCCAAUGCGAAGCCGUAUCGGAAUGUUCCGGGAAAGAUGAAAUCUGCCAUUGCGAAUUGA